AUGGCCGCUAAACAACACCGUAUUGGUUCACCCUGUGAUGAAGAUGUUUCCGGGCUCCAACUUCAGGAACUACCACUGACAACUGGUAACGGCACCAUUCUAUGCGACCUAUCCACCCCAUUCCAUCGUCCAUUUGUCCCACCAUCUCCCCGCCGUAACGUUUUCUCCUCCCUGCACAAUCUAUCUCUCCCUUGGAGUUGGGCUACCGAUAAGCUGGUUUCCGACCGCUUCGUCUGGUCUGGGACGCGUAAGGACCUCAAAGCAUGGAUAUGGGCUUGUAUCGCCCAUCAACGGAGUAGGAUCCAGCGACACAACAAGGCCCCCAUUGGCACCUUCCCCGGCCUUGGUGCAAGGUUCUGUCACGUUCACCUCGACAUUGUAUGUCCCCUGCCUCUGUUCAGUGGUUGUUCUUAUCUCCUCACUUGUGUGGAUCGGUUCAAUAGAUGGCCUGAAGCUAUUCCCUGCCUGGCAUUGCUGCUCCAAUGGUGGUCAAGGUUUUUUUCAGUCGUUGGGUUGCCAUCUUUGGUGCACCCUUCACUGUCAUGACUGACUGCGGUGUCCAGCUUGAGUCUAACCUCCUCCUGUCUCUCCUCCCAUUUUUAAACUGUACCCGCACCCGGAGGACAGCCUAUCACCCGGCUACCAACGGGAGGGUUGAGCGGUUUCACUGCCAGUUGAAAACCUCUCUACGCGCCGCGGAUGAUCCCGAGAAUUGGACAGGCAAUCUUCCUCUGAACCUCUUAGCAUCCGUUUUGCUCUCAAGCCUGACCUUGACUGUUCCGAUGCUGAAAUGGUCUUCGGCGCCACUGUCCGACUUACUGGUGAGAUAAUCUCGCCAAAUCCUCGUGGCGUGGUCGGGGAUCCCAACAGCCUCCUGCAUCGACUCCGGCAGCUGAUGCGGACACCUUCUCUGGUUCCGCCCAGGUCUUCCGCCUCUCCGUCUUAUCUCGAGAAGGACUUGGCCGUGGGGGCUUACGUCUACCUUCGAUAUGGUCGAGUCCGCUGGCCUCUGGAACCGCCCUAUGACGGCCUCUUCCGGGUCCUCUCUCGAAGGACGAAGGCGUUUCACAUUUAA